GGAGGCUCAGUUCCAUUUCGGACGCCGACCGACCCGGAGGAAGAGAAGUUGCUGCGCCCCCGCCUACACAACCCAGCCCCUCGCGCUGACUGCCCCUCCGCCCCUGCCCCGGAGCCCCCAAUGAGGUACAGCGGGCCAGCAAAACGACGCCGGGAGGCGGGCCCGGGACGCAUCCCGCCGCUGUGGGCGACGCGGCCCACGCCCGGGGGCCCGCUGUGGCCUCCGCGUUACCCCCCCUUGGGCUCGCCCUACUUCGUGCCUUUCCUGGGAGGAGGACCGCCCGAGGCGCAGGGAGCGUGCGUAGGGCCUAGCGCGCAGGCAUCCAAGAAGGACAAAGCCAAGAUAGUCCAGUUUGAAUGGAACGGGUGCACCUUCUACCGGUACAUCCCUGACGGCACCAAAGGAGCCGCGGCUGCCGCUGUGGCAGCUGCCGGCCGGCACAUGGGCACUCCCGGUGAGCCGCCCAUCCCACCACCACCAUUCGGUCGGCCCAGGUCGUUUGAAUGGCAUCAACGUUCGUCCCGGUCACAGAGUCGGCGAAGAAAACAGCAGCAGGUAUUCCCUCCGAGGGCCCCCGCCCCACCGUGGACGCCGGGCCCGCUCCCCCAAGACAGACCCGGACCCGUAAACAGCAAGCAGUUCUCCGUCGCCUCUGCGGCCGCGGCUGCGGCCGCAGCCGCCAUGGGCGCCCCAGGGGGCGGUACAGGGCCGUACCGGCCGAGGGAGCCGAACCCGCGAAUCCCACGCAAGGAGAACAAGGCUCCUGCGAGCCACAUGCACCUGCCACCCUUCCUGGCAACAACUUCGAGCAAGGCGGCGGCCAAGUCUCCGUCGCCUACCACGGCCACUCACGUGCAGGGUCCACCCAGGGCCGCUGCGUUUCGAAACAAGGACUCCGCGGCAGCCGCCCCUCUGCCAUUCUCGCUCAGGGCGGCCUUCGGAGCCGAAGACUGCUGCGCAUCGCCAGCGUCGUCCAAGAGGAACGAGACACCCGGCAUACUGUCGGGGAUGAACCAAGCUUCCGGCGGCGGCAACAAGCCCAGGGUAGCCGGGGGCGGUAACGUGACCGUUCGCCGGUCUCACGACGCUGGUGUUCCGGAGUCUGACGUGCUGGGGGCUAAGCCCAAGAAGCCCCCUCGCAUGAGCAACAUGACAUUCACAAAGUCUCCAUCGGAACGCUCAGCUGGCAAUGCGCCGUACAACGGUGGCAACAGCAAGGCAUUCGCCCGAGCACCGCCCUUCAGGAACAGCCCCCGGGUGUACAGUUCAACGGUGCUGAAGGACUUCAGCAGCGGCAACAACAAGCAAGAGAAUGCUCGCGGGGCGGCGAGUGAUGGCCGGCCUCUUCUCUCGGUACCCAGGGAGUCUACCCCGAAGGAACAACGUACUGCGCGGCAGGACCGCCGUGUACGCUACAAAGCCGAAAUCGUCGGCAGCAACAUAAUCGUUACUCGGGAAGAGCCUAGCCCCGAAAAGAAAUCCGACACGGUUUCGGUGGCCGCGGCGGCCACGGAUCAGAAGGCGGCCUUAUCGCAGACGUCUGGCAGCACCGGAGUUAAAAAAGUGGAUCAAAGACCAUCGGCUCCUAAUGGUCCCACUGACACACCCAAGGCCGAACCAGCUGGCUGGAAGGACCGUGAGGAGUCAGCCUUCCAAAGCCGAAUCCUGCACGCCGCUUUGCUGCAUGGAACCAACGUGGCAGAUGCUGAACGAUCUUCAGCAACCGUUGACGCCUUUACUCAGCUAACCUCUUUUGACAUCAAUGAACAGUUCGACCGCUUCCUUUCUCCGGGUCCUCGGUGUAAAAAACAAGAGAAAGCUGCAUCGAUGACUCAUCGGAAGUCGCCGUCGGGGGUAGAAUGGUGCGGCAAGUUGAGGAGCAUAUCCGUCCAGACGGAUGAAAUGGCAGCCAGCACCUGCGAGCGAAAGCACGAGAACAAGCACAGAAAUGAAAUUCUGGACACUGAUCAGCAAGAGCAGGUUGAAAAGAAGACUACUAAAGACGUCGAAGCCCAAAAGGAAGCCAAGCCUGGAGACAAUAUACGGGAGCCUCUCUCUGAAGGUGAGGAGGUCCCUUCACCGGCAUCAUACGUGGAUGAACCCCACACUAGCAGCUCGGAGAUAUACCUGGACAGCCUGGUAUCUAACGGCACAUCUACGUCUUCGCCACGCGAUGACGCGUUUCGCAAACCAGGCUGCGACAAGAACUUGAACUCAGAAGGCGCGGUGGCUCUCCUCAGUGAGCUGGACGACUUCCUCAAGGAAUGCAGCCCCAUCAAGGGGGCACAGCAGCCUGCCCAAGAACAACCGGUUCGUAGGAGCUGCGGUUCCUCGACAACUUUCUCGGAGGGUGCCUCGAGGAACUCCUGCCCAGAGUCAGUGGGUCGAGCGACUUCGUCUUCGCCUUCGUCUUUGUCCAAAGGCGAUGGUUUCUCCGACAUUUCGGAACCACGGUCACCCUUGGCCAAGGACUUGCAAGUACCGGACAACGCAUCACUCGCGAGCGAUGUGAUCCUUAUUAACUUCGCCGAGGAUACGACGACGCUCAAGGAGCAUCUGGACGGGCUGGUGGCAGAUUACAAAGCCAAACAAGAGUCUGAUACUGUUGGUGGUACUGGCAUCGCAUUCUCUCCAGGCGACGAGGGAUGCCGACCGCGGAGUGCCAGCAGCGGCACCAACAACGUCCUCGAGAAGCACCCAGGAUCCUCCCCGACUCGCUCAAGUGCCCCAGUGCUUCUUCCUUCUGAUGUAUCGCCACGAGAGCUGCUCAAGAUGGCAUCGGAAGAGGCUCGCGCGGCCGGUGGAGACUUCCGAAGCUCGUCGUUGGCCAAAGAACCACCACAGACCCAGAAGGACCGCGUUGGUGAAGCCUUGUCCGAGAGGGGCGACUCGUCAUUCAAGAUCACGCGCAAGUCGCCCGCUACUGGGACCAUCGAAAUGGGACGCCAGCGAUCCCUGGCCUCUUGCGACAGCUGCGGCACCGUCUACUCUGGAUCCAUUAACAGCGAGAACUUCCCGCGCGUGUGCUCCUGCAAGACUCGGCAUGGCGCCCGGGCCAAGGGCAGCAGGCCACUGAUCCCGGUCGAGAUUGAGGAAGCUCUCAAGGAGGAGUACAGGGACCCGGAGAUUGUGUCCUGCUUCGUCGAAGAGAAUGUCCAGUACCUGCUCGAAAGCGAGGACGAGGAGUACGAGCAGGUCGUGAGGCGACGGUCGCUGACCGGUCGCAACCUUCUCGGUCGGCAGGCGAGCCAGCACGACAGGUCUGGUUCCGGCAGCGAUGAGCGUUCAGCGGUCGCGUCUCAGCGCUACCCCGAGAACAGCACGAGCUGGAACAAGAUCAAGGACGCGUCCGAGGCUUCGGUCAUUGGCGUCGCCGGCACGGAGAGGUGCGGCAGCGAGGCGACUACGGGCGGAGCCUCUCGGGCGCUCAUCUACGACUGUCCCUGGUGGACGUACGACCAAGGCGGACACGACGGCGACACCAAGGGUGACAGCAUCAGCGCGGCCCUGGGCAGCUGCGACCAGAUCUCCGCCAACAACUCCGUAGCCUCCGCCGUCGCGGAGAUUGCCUCCAACGCGGCUGCCACGCUUCAUCCAUGGUCGACCACCCUCAGGGCGGCCGCGGCCGCGGCAGAGACCGGCGUCCACGGUACCUCCGCCAACGGUCCUGGUGCUGUCGGGGAGGUGCCGGCGUCAGCCGCGGCCUCCUCUUCAAGCAACAAUCCUUGGGGGCCUUUCCUGGCGACCGCCCAGGCUAUCGUGGGACCCAAACGAGAAGCCGUAAUGUCGUCGGGAGACCACGAGACCGCCGACGAAAUCGCCUGCCGCCUGGCCCGCUCGGACGCAGACUUCACCACCCUAUACAUGGAAGGUCAGCCACGCAAACCGACCCUCAAGCAGCGCUGGCCGCCGUCCGCCGAGCUGGGCGCGGCAGUGGGACCGCCCGGUCAACAUCAACGCGCCACCGGAGGUGACAGGGACUCGCUGUCCUUCUACGAGUUCCCGUUGAAUGAUCAGCACGAGGCGCUGCCACCCCAGCAGCACUCGCUCAGCAUGGAGACACUCGUCGGGUCCAACCGGCUCGACGUCGCCUCGGUGACUUCGACGGUUGGCGGCACCGAGCGGCGGCUGGCCGAGGGUGAGCCCAUGCCUCCACCCGCGGAUGCCAUUGACGGCAAACCAUCGGGCGGCGGCAGUGCCCAGAGUCCCGACGCCCAGUACUGCGAGCUGGAGCUGUACGUGCCGGUCAGCAAGAGUGGGCCGGCCGUGUGUGCCGUCGUUGCGCCCUCGCACUCCAUGGCCGAAGGGGACGGUGCCAAGGGUGAGGCCGUCCUGCUGGACACCGGACCGCGGCCUGCCACUCCUCCCGAGGACUCCGGUCUUUGCGGAGACAAGAAGAUCGCAGAGACCAGCGCCAAGCCCAUGGGCAAGAUCCGUACACGCUUCCGCGACUUCUUCUGGAAGCACAAGUGAUUCACAGUGCUGUCUCUGUGCUGCUAGCACGCCUUUUUUUUUUUUUUUGUUGCCGCACUAGACCGGUGUGUCUAGUGAAGUCUUCGGAGACUCGUGCAAGUGUCCCGGAACCCAGCACCGAGCCCACGGGCGAAUACGGUCGCCAGGUUCCCCAACCUCUCGAGGAGGGACACUCGAUGACGAACAUUUUUUUUUUUUUUCAUUGUUCGCUCGUCGUGCUUUUUUUUUUUCUUUCUGAACAUUUCCCUGUGGGGUAGCCGCUUCUUGUUUUUCUACUCCCAGGAGAAAUGGACAGUCCAUUAUUUUUUCUUUGUCGCGCUGGCCUUGUGACCUGGGAGCCAGCGAUCUUUCUUGUUGCUUCCUCGUGACUCCCAGGCCAUGUGGUCUUCUUCUUUUUUUGCUUGUUCAUUGCUCUCCUCCGGGACGAGCUUAUUCUCGUUUUUUUUUUUCUUUAUCCUUGUUAAUGUUCAUGUUAGAAGGUUCACGCAGAAGCUUGUCAUGAAGGCUGGGUUGUAGGCGGUUAGAACGCUGGGAGCAGCGAAUGGCAUCGCGAGCUUUUCCUGUUGACUGUUAGGAGUGACGUUGUUAUUUUUUUUUUGCCAAAGGUGCUCGUUUCGCUGUUAAAAAGCACCUAUUUGUUUAUGUUGAACUUUCUUGUUAAGCUCCGACGAGCUGCGUCCCCAGUGUUGUGAAAAGUUAACGCUUCCGCAAAAAAUGUGAACCUCUUGUGCCAUGUAAGUCCUUUUUGGCAAAAUAAAAAGUCCACAAAAAAGCACAGU